AAUCAGCCGUGGUCGCCAUUUUGGCUCCAUGUGAGCGCCCUCCUGGAUCAGCAGCAUGUGAGUUCUUCCUGAAGGUGACCGUGUUCGGUGAAUAACAGCGGCUGAAAUGGCUUCGUUUCGUGUCGUGAGGAGAACUCUCUGUGCUGCGGCUGAAGCAGCGUCUGCUCCGGUCAGCAGGAGCCGCUGGGAGAAGCUGAAGAACAGCAAAGCCGGUGUUUGGUGUCGCAGCUUGGUCUCUGACUAUAAGGAGGCCGGCAGGGAGAUGGUAGUCGGUGCCUGGGAGCGGCCGCUCAAAGCCUCGGUGUACGGGACUCUGCUGGGUGGCGCCUACGCCUGUUUCUACACUAAACCCGACCGAACGUCCUUCGAGGCCGACCUGCUGGAGCGCUCCAACCAGCUGGGGCUGCUGUCGCCGUGGAUACGCAGCGGAACCUCGGAUGGCCACGUACAGAACCUGGUGAAGCUUCGUAACGAGGGUCGGCUCCGUCACGCCAGCCUGGGCCUCCUCUCCUUGAUGUACCGCUCCGACUACGACCCCGACGUCACGCUGUACGAGGCCCAGUGCUCCAACCUGUCGGUGCCCUGGAGGGAGCUCCCUCAGAGGGUGCUGGACGUCGGGUUCGCUGGUCGCUGGUGGAUCCUGGACUCAAAGAUGAAGGACUACGACGUAAACGAGGCGGAAUUCAAGCACCUGCCGGUGUACAUGCAGGUAAUGUCACCGCCCAGCGUUCAGGAGGUGGAAAGGAAUGAAAGGCUACACAAAGAGUCCUGGUUACCGCUGACCGUGGAGGACGAGGAGAAAGACACGAAUGUGGAGGACAAGAAGGAGAGAGAAGUGAAACCGGUACAAGUAGCAGUGGAGGAGCAGACUCGAGCUUAAACUGAGGAUGUUCACACAUCAGGACAAAAACAUGCUGUGUGUGAGACUGUAAGAACCAGGACUGUCUCAUUUCAUGCAGAACUGGAUUCAUCAAAUAAAAGUAAAAGCCUCUGUGUUCAGAAGUCCUUUCAGGAGUUUUAAGAUGCAAAUCUACAUUAGAUUUUCAACUUCUGAUGCAUUUUUGCCCACAUUUCUUUUUCCAGUAGUUUAAAAUAGCAAAUACUUUUCGAGAUAAAAGUUUUUUGUGUGUUUUUUUUGCAUGUCGACCGUCUUUCAGCAUCCUCUUUUCAUAUUAAAAUUUGUCUUUGUGUUUGAGCAACAAUA